CAAAUCUCUUGGAAAUAUAAACUCGGGCUACUUUUUUUUAUUUCCUAUUACAUUAAAAUACAAAGUGCAAUGAAUGUUACAUUGAUAUAAGUGAUUCGUAUUUGAAAAAACAUCAUAAAAUAAAUUUUAUUAAGUCGGGAAUUAAGUGUUUUCAAUUAAUAAACUGAUAUUGCGUAAAGAUAAACACAAAAUGGAAUGUAAACGUCAUUUAUGUGCUGUAAAAUUUAUGUUGUGAUUUGAUUCGACAAAAUAAAACUAGGUUUUUUACGAUUUAGGUGUAGAACGAUAAGUGUGUGACGUUAAUCUCCUGUUUUAAGUAUCUGAUGGUUUCACAAAAUGAAUUGGUUCGAUACUUCGGGGCUAACCAGCUUAGCCAAGUCAGCACUGAAAGAAGCCCAGAAAACUAUUGAUAAAGCGUUAGAUAUACAGGAUGACAGUAACGAGGAGCAGGAAGAUGAAGCAGCCGGUCCAUCAACAUCUAAAUCGUCACCUAGUACGAGUAACAUACCUCAACAUGAUAACUCCGAUUUCUUUUCCUCUUGGGGCCUCACAGUCAGUGCCGAAAGCGGAGAAACCGAAGCCAUAAAAGAGCAGCCUGUUGUAACUGAAAGCCCCUCGAAAUCAAGUUCUCAAAGUCUGUGGGGAUCUUUUGCUGGCUCAUUCUUUGAGCAGCCAAAAACAGAUACAAAUACUAUUGUCCGACCUCCAAAAGCAAAGUCUAUGAAUGUUAUUUCUGGAAAUUAUGACAGUCAAGAUGAUUUAUUUUCAAAAAGCCAGCUUGUCAUGUCUGAUGGUGCUGAGUGCCUUAACUUGACCAAGGAGGAACCAAGGAACUUUGACGAUAGACGUAAUUCCUCCAUGUCAAAUAUGCUAUCGUUUAUGUCUAGUAGAAAUAGUUCGGAUUCAGUGGAAGUAUUAUCACAAAGCUUAAAGUCUACACCUGACUCUGAGGCUGCAUCAUGCCAGUCCGAAUCCCGAAGUAGCAGUAUCGGCUUAAAACAUAAUUCUGAGUCUGUGGAAAUAUUGCCUGAUAGCCUUGUAAGCCCUAGUUCUAUUGAGUGUCUAGGUUUUGAUAGCUAUGCUAGCGAUAAAAACAGUAGCACUUCUUCUAAUUUGUCACCUGGUGAUAUGUCAGAUAAGAAAUCAACACCUAUUGGAGAAAGAACAGAAAGAGCUGAAACUGCAGACAGUGUUAGCUUAGUUGUCGAUGAUGAUGAAGACACCAUCUCCUAUAAUUCUAUAUCUGAAUGCACUGCUCCCACUGUACUUGACACAGAAGACAAACCUAUUAGUCCAUUUCCGAAACCUAACAGAAUGGAUCCAAGAAGAGGCAAUGAGAAGGAUGUUACACUUUUAGAACAACAGUUUCUCCCAUACAAAAUGCAAAUCAGUGAAAACUCCUCUAAUGACGGUUCAUGGUCUGACAGAACAUUGAAUGCCGACAAUGACAGUGUUAUUCUUGAAAAUCCUGCUGAAGAACAAAAGAAGGAUAUUGAACCGGAAGAUAUAUUUAUUGAGAAGCUGAGUGACUCUUCUUCGUUUUACAAUGUCAAUGUAUCAAGUGAUUUAUUAAGAUCUGAGAGCUCAGCUUUUGUUAAUGUUGAGAAAAAGCAGUGUAGUACACCGGAAAGCAAUGAAUCAUCCCAAAAGGAAGUAAGUAUGAAGGAAAGAAUAUCACCAGUCAGUUCUGAUAGUAAAAGUGAUUUAGUUAAGAUUGGUUCAGAAAGAACAUCUGGACACACAUCAGGUGAUGAAUUAGAGACAGCCACAUCAUCAGAUAUAGAAAUCAUUCCAAGUCCCAAUGGAGACAGUAGUAAUGGCUGUAGAAAUAGUCCUGGGAAGUAUGGAUUUAAGCAGAAAUUAGAUGGUGCGAUUUCUCCUCACUUGGUAGAUUUAGUACUAGGUAAAAGUUUAGCUACUAAAAUUCGAGGUCACACAAGGGAGUUGUCUGAAGCUUCAGUGCAAAGUAACACCAGUGACGAAAGCCAAUGUUCGGAAAACGAUCGCCUGAUGCGAAGACUGUGCGAGAUGGCUGAAAUAUUAGAUGCGAGAGAGAAUAGACUGAUGGAAGUGAGUAGGAGUAAUGCAGAACUUGCAGAGAGCAAUGCGAGCUUGAAGAGUCAAGUGGAGUCUCUAAUGAUAAAGCAUGAAGGGGGAGAUAUAAACACCAUUACAGAAGAUUACACACAGAGGAUGUCAGCACUUGAGAAGAAAUUUCAACAAGCAAUUAGAGAAAAGGAUCAAUUGCGAAAACAACUGGAUAGUGUUAAGACAGACAUGACCCGAAAGAAUUCAUCAGAAUUAGAGAACUCAUUGAAGGAGAAAGACGAGAUAAUAGCGCAGCUCCAUGAGGAGGGGGAAAAGCUGGCACGCCAUGAGCUACAGCAUUCCAAUAUCAUCAAGAAGCUGAGGGCGAAAGAGAAGGACAAUGAGCAGGUCAUCAAGGGACUCCGGGAUAAGAUAGCUGAGCAGACGGCUGAACUGGACCGCAUGAAGCGUUCCAUGGCCGCCAAGGAGGAGCUGGAGGUGAACCAGAUCGAGGCGGUGUACAGGCUGACCAACGCCAACAAGAAGAUGGAGACUGAACUCGCUGAGAGCCGCAGCGCGCUGGACGACGCGACGCAGAAGCUGGAGGGCACGCGCACGUCACGUGACGCGCUGAAGCGCGAGCUGGCCGACCUGCGCCGCGACUGCUCCGAGCUGCGCCGCGCGCGCGACGCGCACGCCGCGCUGGCCGCCGCCGCCGAGCGCGCCGCGCGGGACGCCGACCUGCUGCGCGCCGAGCUGCGCCAGCUGCGCGCCGAGCGCGCCAGGGAGGAGCAGCGCUGGGUGUCGCGCGAGGAGGCGCUGCGGCGCGAGGCGGCCGAGGCGCGCGAGGCGGGCGAGGCGCUCGCGGACGCCGAGGCGCCGGCCGCGCUGCUGCAGCAGCUGGCGGCGCUGCAGCGCGCGGCGCUCGAGCGGGAGCGCGCGCACUCCGCGGCCGCCGCCGCGCUCGCCAGCCAGCUGGAGGAGGCGCAGCGGCAGGCGUCGGCGGCGCAGGAGAGCGAGCGCGCGGGGCGGGCCGAGGGCGCGGCGCUGGCGGAGCGCCUGCUGGACGCGCAGCGCGAGCUGCAGCGGAGUGAGCACGCGCUGCAGCAGCUGCAGCACGGCGCCACCGCGGAGCGCGCCGAGCUGGCGGCGCUGCGGGCCCGCCUGCACGGAAAGGAGAGCGAGUUGGAAUGUCUUCGCGAGGAAAGCGAGAGGGAGCUAUCGGGGCUGCGUGCGAGAGUGAGCGAGCUGGAGGCGCAGCUGGCGGACGAGCGCGCCGCACUCGACACUGAGAAGAAAAGAAAUGCCAUACUACAGGAGCAGGUGUCGUCGCGCGGGGACGUCUCCCCCGCGCACUCCGUCGCCUCCGACACCUUCUCCACCUCCUUCUGGCAGACGGAGGAGGGCCACGCGCUGACGGGCGGCGCGGGCGCGGGGGGCGCGGGGGGUGCGGCGGGCGCGGGGGGCGCGGGCAGCGUGCUGGGCGUGGAGGACGCGCUGGCGGCGCUGACGCGGCGCGAGGGCGAGCGGCGCACGGCGGGCGCGGCGCUGGCGGCGCUGCGGGCCGAGCGCGCGGCGCUCACGGCGCGCCUGGCGCUGCUGCAGGACCGCCUCGCCGACUACCAGAACGUCCAGGAGCAGUACGACGCGCUGCUGCAGAUGUACGGCGAGAAGGAGGAGCAGCUGGCGGAGCUGCGCCUGGACCUGCACGACGUCACGCAGCUCUACAAGGAGCAGCUGGACGAGCUCGUGCGGCUCAAGCGACUCGCGCGAUAGCACGCGGUAGCGACGACGCGAUCGACGUCGACGUCCGACCUGACCACCCCCUCGCCGACACCGACUGACGCACUCUCGAUCCAGUCGCUGCCGCGCUGUGAAACCCGACUUUUGAAGUCGUAUUCGAGAGUCGGUGCGGUCGAUCGCGUUCCAAAUUAUUCCAAAACGCAAUCUCACGUUGCAUCCCUGAGUCGAUGGGAUUACGCGUGCUGUGCAUCUCGAUUUUAUCUUUAAAUUAUUAUGUCGAAUAAAAAUGUUUUUCCUGCAGCAAACACCCCCCACAAUAUUAGAGGUUAAAUGAAUGUGUAACUAGUGCAAUAAUAAUUCAUAUCUAAACGGCGAUAUUAACGUCGUAGUGUUUUUAAGUAAAUAUAUUGUCCUUUUACAAAUAGAAUAUUUUUCUUUUGAAAAAAAAAUCGAUAUUUUAAAAAAGCAUUAAUAUAAUCAUUUUGGAGCUUUAAGCAAUGUUUGACUAUAUUUUAGAGCGAACACCCAAGUACCAAGUCAUUGACCAAAAAUUAUUUGAUAACUACUGUCACAACAAUAAUUACGACUACACGUUAAAUUAAAGGAUCUAAAUAGAAAAAAAAAAACAAUAUUAUCAGAUACAGCUCCAAUAAUUAAAGUUAUAGUAAAAACUGUUUCGUCUAAUACAUUUCACUUAAGUAUUAGAAUGACAUAAAACAACAACGGUGCAUACAGUGUGUUUAAUUAUUGGAUGUACGCAAUAAAUACAUACAAAUAGAAAAAAGUAAUGGUAAACCGUAGCCAUUCAUUUAUUACGAAAUCCUAAAUAUAUCAGAAAUUCACAAAUAAUUAAAAAAAAUAUAUAAGGAUAAUUAUUAUACCAUUUCAUACAAUAUGUGCUUUACAUAUAUUUAUUAUAUACUACCUGAAGGAAACUCUCGCUAGCAUUAGGAAAUGCGGCAAAACACUUUAAUUGUAAAUAGCAUUAAUUGUGAUAUAAAAACUUAUUGACUCCAAUAUUCAGGAUGUUAAUAGAAAUAAGAGCCGUUGCGAUUUAUUAUCUAUUGGCAUUGUUUUUCUUUAUUGUCAUGUGUAUGUUUUUUUUUUAAAAAAUCACAUACUUAUUGCGGUAUUGCCAUAUAAAAAUUAAAUAUUAGCCUAAAAUAUUUAUAAAAUAAAAAUAAUUAUUAUA